AAAAAUUAGAAGAAAAGAAAGGAAGAGCAACAAAAUUGAAGAAUUUAUUCCCCAUUUUCUUACAGCUUUCCACCUGUAAAGUCAUAUUGCAUUCUUUAUUACCCUCUAAAUAUCUAGGGUUUUAAGCCUGUCGUCGUCUUCUCGGCCCAAACUCUCUCCCAUCUCUCGCCGAUAACCAAUCAUGACCGCUCAAUCGCAAGAGGAAAUCAUGGCCGCUCAGCUUGAACAACAAAAGCUCGAUCAGGAAGAGCCAAUAAUUGAGGAUGAUGAUGAUGACGAUGAAGAAGAUGAUGAAGAGGAUGAUCAUGAAGAAGGUGCUGAAGGAGAUGGAGAUGCCAGUGGUAGGUCAAAGCAGAGCCGCAGUGAGAAAAAGAGUCGCAAGGCUAUGCUAAAACUAGGAAUGAAGCCCAUCCCUGGGGUCAGCCGUGUAACUGUUAAGAAGAGCAAGAACAUCCUGUUUGUCAUCUCGAAGCCAGAUGUAUUCAAGAGCCCCAAUUCAGACACGUACAUCAUCUUUGGUGAGGCAAAGAUUGAGGAUUUGAGUUCACAGUUGCAGACACAAGCUGCCGAGCAGUUCAAGGCUCCUAAUGUCAGCAAUAUUGCUCCAAAGCCUGAGCCAGUGACAGUUGCUCUGGAUGAUGAAGACGUAGAUGAAACUGGUGUUGAACCGAAGGAUAUAGAGCUGGUGAUGACUCAAGCUGGGGUUUCAAGAGCUCGGGCUGUCAAAGCUCUCAAGGAGUCUGAUGGAGACAUUGUCUCUGCUAUCAUGGAGCUCACAAACUAGAAAAACUUUACAUGCAGCUCAUUUACUCUUUUUAGGGCAUCAUGUUGCAUAAAUUGUGUUUUGAAGUGGAGAGUACCUUUUUCAUAUGAAUGUACUUGAAAAGAUGAAAUAUCGAUAUCCAAACUGCCGUGGUUUUUCUUUUUAUUUUUCA